UCCUAACGCGGCAUCCCGUUUUUUGGCAGGAUGCCAACGGAUACGAUUAACAGGGGCAGAAACGUAGUAUUGUAGCUGUUUGCCGUAGAUGUAUCUUUUGAAACGGACAUGCCGUGGAAAUGUGACAUAUGACAAAAGGUCGCACGUCAUAAAUCCCUAACCACUGCAAAUAUUUGCCUGCAUUAUGCUCUAAAAGAUAGACUAUUGUGAAGUCUUCAAAAUUAAAUGUAGCAGAAAUGUAUGGUUUUGCCCAUGACAACCAAUCACAGCUUAGCUUUCAUUUCACCAGAGAUCGUUAACACAUGAAAGCUGAGUUGCAAUUCGUUAUGGGUAAAACCAGACAGGUUUGGUUUUAGCCAGGUUGAAAAAUCAGGACCAAGCGCCUAUUACUCUUUAUAAAAUGGCGGUGUCAGGAACACUUCUCCUCCUACUAACCGGACUUCCUCCUGACUUGCUCAGUCUCCGCCUCUACGUUGUACACCCAUCCGUCCAUGACGUGUCUUCUGGUUCCGGUGCCCCGGUUCCGGCUCGUCCGCCUCGGUGUCUCCUGAUGGCGGAGGUGCGCGCGGGUUCCGCCGGUUCCGGUUCAGUAUCCCCGUCCUUGUCUCCCCCUCCACCUCUUCCUGCCGGACCGGGUCCUGGAUCUAUCCCUCCACUUCCUCCGGCCCCGCCGCCGCCUGGCCCUGGCCCGGUACCGCCCCGGGAAAGCUCUAGCAGCUCGUCAGGCUCUGCUUCCAGCUCAGCUCGGGAAGGCUGGCUCUUCAAGUGGACAAACUAUAUCAAGGGUUACCAGCGGCGGUGGUUCGUCCUUAGCAAUGGCCUCCUGUCAUAUUACAGAUCGAAGGCAGAAAUGCGGCAUACCUGUCGGGGUACGAUAAACCUGGCUACAGCCAACAUCUCUGUGGAAGAUUCCUGUAACUUUGUGAUUUCGAAUGGUGGAGCCCAGACAUAUCACUUGAAGGCAAGCUCAGAAGUGGAGCGUCAACGGUGGAUUACAGCCCUAGAGCUGGCCAAGGCCCGGGCUGUCAAAAUGCAGGCAGAAUCAGAUGACUCUGGAGACGAGGAUCCCACCUCUCAGACUGAUAAAGCAGAGGUCCACAACACCCUACGUGCUCUCUCAGGGAAAGUUGAAGAUCUGGGCACAUGCAAUGAUCUUAUCGCGAAACAUGGAACUGCCCUUCAACGCUCUCUGAGUGAGUUAGAGAGUCUGCGCCUUCCUCAAGAUAGCUCCGAAAAGAUCAAGCAGGUCAACGAGAGAGCAACACUGUUCAGGAUCACUUCCAAUGCUAUGAUAAAUGCCUGUCGAGAUUUUAUGUCUUUAGCAGAGAGUCACAGUAAGCGCUGGCAAAGAGCUUUGCAGUAUGAGCGAGAUCAGCGGUUACGUCUAGAAGAGACCCUGGAACAGUUGGCAAAGCAGCACAACCACUUGGAGCGGGCUUUCCGUGGGGCAACUGUGCUGCCUGCUGAGACUCGUGUUGGCGCUUCUAAAGACCCUUGCGGGGCAGGGAAGGGAGACCUAAGUGAUGAAGAUGAUGAAAACGAAUUCUUUGAUGCUCCUGAAAUUCUUAGCAGCCCUUCCCAAGUUGGCUUGGGACACAAACGAUCUGGUAGCAACAUCAGUGCCGCAAGCUGCGAUAUUAUGGAGGAGCAGGUGCGCCCACCAUCAGAAGAUGCAAGGAAGGAGAGACGCACAAGAAUUCCACAUAAACCCAACUACAGCCUUAAUUUAUGGAGUGUCAUGAAGAAUUGCAUUGGGAAAGAGCUGAGCAAGAUCCCAAUGCCUGUAAAUUUCAAUGAACCACUCUCGAUGCUUCAGCGUCUGACCGAGGACAUGGAAUACUACACCCUGCUGGACCGGGGAGCUCAGUGCGAGAGUGCUCUAGAGCAGCUAUGUUUAGUUGCUGCUUUCACUGUAUCGUCAUACUCCACCACAGUCUUCCGUGUCAGCAAACCUUUCAAUCCACUCCUAGGAGAGACAUUUGAGCUGGAUCGAACGGAGGAUUGUGGCUAUCGCUCGCUAUGUGAGCAGGUCAGCCAUCACCCCCCUGCAGCAGCUCAUCAUGCUGAAUCCAGUAAUGGAUGGUCUCUUCGGCAGGAGAUCAAGAUCACUAGCAAGUUCCGGGGAAAAUAUCUCUCAAUCAUGCCCCUUGGUACCAUACACUGUAUAUUUCACAACUCUGGAAACCAUUACACAUGGAAGAAAGUGACCACAACUGUGCACAACAUCAUUGUAGGAAAAUUGUGGAUUGAUCAGUCUGGAGAAAUAGAAAUUGUCAAUCACAAGACCGGAGACAAGUGUAAACUUAAGUUUGCCCCUUACAGCUACUUCUCUCGUGAUGUGGCACGCAAAGUUACAGGAGAUGUGAUGGAUGCAAGUGGGCGCAUACAUUACACAUUAAUGGGGACAUGGGACGAGCGCAUGGAAUGUUCUCCUGUGUCUCCACCUGGUAGUGGCUUUGAGAAUGGUGGUGAUAAGGCCCCAGAAAAUAAGACUCUCUUGUGGAGAAGAAACCCCUUGCCGAAGAAUGCAGAAUACAUGUAUUAUUUCUCAGAGCUGGCAUUGACCCUUAAUGCCCCAGAGGAGGGCGUUGCCCCAACUGACAGUCGUUUGCGACCUGAUCAGAGGUUGAUGGAGAAUGGCAACUGGGAUGAAGCCAAUGCCGAGAAGCAGCGACUUGAAGAAAAGCAAAGGAUUGCUAGGCGAAAAAGAGAAGCAGAGAGAGAGAAAGUUGGAGAUGAUGAUUCUCCAGUGGAUUCAUAUAAACCAUUGUGGUUUGAACGUAAAAUGGAUCCAGUGAGCAAAGAAAUGACGCACAUUUACCGCGGCACUUACUGGGAGGCCAAGGAGAAGCAAGAGUGGAAUGCUUGCCCAGAUAUUUUCUGAGGAACAAGGGGAAGUGGCAACAGUUCUAUCCCCUUCAUAUCCACCCUAUACUUUCUGUCCAUGUUCUUUACCUUCGGCGAUGCCUUAUUGACCCUAGUUGUGGCCCCCACAGAAAAGAGCAAUGCUCAGCAGAUCAUCCCCAGGGUAUUAAUAAAGUUGUGCAUUUUCUGUUUUUUGUUUUUCUUAUUUUCUCUUAAACACCUUUUUUCUCCCCAUGUCACCAGCAUUUUAUUGCUGGGUCUAAAACAUUUACACUAGCACUUUUGCCACUGGUGAUAAAGCACUUAUGCAUUACAGACAUGGCAUAACCUAAAACAUUCGUAAGGUGUCCAUGGAUCACCUGAGCAGGUGGCAUUGCACAGAAUUUUUUACCGAGCUUUACCAAGUUGGUUUGUGGGGGCUCUUUUUCCUAGUCUGCAGAGCAUUGCUUUGAUAAAAACCACCCCUCUGGGUCUUUUAACCAUCUUACAGCCCCCGCCUUGAGCACUAGGGUGGGUGGGGGUGGUUGUCUGCCUUAUGUUUGAGUUAAUCUUUGACUUUGUUUUUUUUGUUUGUUGUGUUUUAUUUUUUAUUUCCUUUGGAGAGGAGGGUACAAUUUCUCCGACCUCUGUUAUUGAUUUUGGGUAUACAAUUGAGGGUUUGCUCUGUCCUGCCCCGUAUAUAUAAAUAUAUAUAUAUAUAUGUGUAUAUUUUUCAUUUCACUCCUGUCACUACCUCUGUGUGUCACCUUUCUCUUUCUCUUUCUCUCUCUCUCUCUCUCUCUCUCUCUCUCUCUCUCUCUCUCUCUCUCUCUCUCUCUCUCUCUCUCUCUCUCUCUCUCUCUCUGUGCAAAUACUAAAUUAAAUAAAGAUCAGAUGACACUUCUCAAGUUUUCCUAUUGAUAUUUAAAUUCUGUAGCAUAAUGUUGCUAGUUCAGCUUCAUUUUAGAUCUGUUUUUACAUUUGCCUGCACUCUGCUAACCUUUAGCUGAGUAGUUGGUUCUAAAAAUUAAAUGUUUUUG